CAGAGACAGCUGCAGAGCUUUUCCACUCUCUGUGCCACCAGGGCUCACUGCUCCAGGCUCCAGGCAGCCCUCCCCGCUUCCUGCUCUCCUUAAUGCUCUCCUGAAGGAGGGCAGACACUUGGCAGUUGUUGGUGGCUGAGCCUUGGGCUGCAGUGAGCAACAGGCCCUUAGAGCUCUCUGCUCCUUUGGUGGAAACAUCAGCUCUGUUUACAGCAGAAACUCCUUGGAUCUGAUCUCCCGAGGAAACUGCCAUGGAUCAGUUCAUCUUAACCUUCCUGAAGAAUGCUUCAGAAAAGAAUUUCCAACAGUUAACAGGGCGAUUUCUGCCUCAUUACUUUACAUUAAUCAGUAAGGUAGGAGGCAUGAUCUCUCCAGAAACUCUCACCUCUAUUCAAAAAGCCCUCCAGGAGGGAAGACUGGCUGAUAUUGUGAGCAAGAUUCAGGAAGUAAUUACUGCUGCAGAAAAUGCUGUCCUGGAGGUGGCUGUGAUUGGGGAGUCGGGGACUGGCAAGUCCAGUUUCAUAAAUGCCCUGAGAGGGUUGAGUCACACAGCAGAAGAGGCAGCUGAUGUCGGGGUUGUGGAGACCACUAUGCAUAAAACCCCCUAUCAACACCCAAAAUACCCCAAAGUGACCUUCUGGGACCUGCCAGGGACUGGGACUCCCAAUUUCCUCCCAGACACUUAUCUAGACAAAGUAGGAUUUGAAUACUAUGACUUCUUUAUCAUCAUUUCUUCUUCUCGGUUCACCCUCAAUGAUGCUCGCCUGGCUCAGAAAAUCAAGGAUUCAGGAAAGAAGUUCUACUUUGUGAGAACCAAGGUGGACAGUGACUUGUAUAAUGAAGAGAAAACCAAACCCACAACCUUCAAAGAGGACAGAGUCCUUCAGCAGAUAAGAGACUACUGUCUGGCUAACCUCAGUGACAUUGGAGUGUCUGAACCACGCAUCUUCUUGAUCUCCAACUUUGAUCUGGAUCGUUUUGAUUUCCCAAAGCUGGAGGAGACGCUCCUGAAGGAGGUCCCUUGCCACAAGCGUCAUAUGUUUGCACUGCUGUUGCCCAAUAUCAGUGAUGCUUCCAUUGAGAUAAAGAGAAGUUUUCUCCAGGAGAAGAUCUGGCUGGAGGCCUUGAGGUCAGCGGCCCUAGCCUUCAUCCCCUGCAUGACCUUUUUGAUGGGCUUCGAUUUGCCUCAACAAGAACAGUGCUUGAAGGGGUACCGAAGCUAUUUUGGCUUGGAUGAUAAAUCGAUUGAAGAGAUUGCUGAAAAGCUGGACACACCUGUGCAAGACAUCAAGGGCCACCUCAAGUGCUUGGACUUCUGGUCCCUUGUAAAGGAUGACAGCAUAGUGGCAAAAUCUAUAAACUGUGUUGAAGCUUUUUGUGCCGUGAACGGAGGCCCUUCGUCUUCUGUCGUCCAGGGUUUCAAAGCCUAUAUUCUGCGUUCAAAAUUCCUUAACGUGGUGGCUGAUGACGCUAAACAUCUCUUGAGGGAGAUAGAAACAGUAAAUAUUGCCUAGCAAAAGAGUAAAUGAAUAUCAAGGCUUGUGUGAGUAAGUUGGGAGUGAAUUGUCCUUCUGCCAAACUCCCAGGCCAGCUCCUCCCUAAGGUUCACGGGUUCUGUCCCAUGGAGGAAGUUCAUUGCUUUCCUGUAGAGAUCACUAACCUGAAAGGAUUGUUUUGGUGGCGGUAGCCUGUUUUCUGUGUCUUUUAACAUUCUCUUUGCUAAGAGAUAACUCGUUUCUGACCCAUUUAUGGCAAUAAAAUUGCAAUAACAAGAUGA